CUUUACCUUGCCUUACACCUCUUCCCCAUACAUUAACUUACCUUACCAUACAUAGGCUUCAUGCCUUCCUUCCGCCCCAUCCUUUUCUCGUGGAUAUUUUAUCACCUUCCUCCCUCCUUCUAAAUCAACUUCCAUCUCUUCCCCUGAGCCUCAUCUCUCUCCAUCUCAUCACCCAUCACCCAUCACCCAACACCUAACAACAACAACUAAUACAUCACACCAAGCUUCAAUAAUACCACUUGAAACAUCAUCACUAAGAGGGACCUUCAUCUAUAUACAUAUACUCGCCAACUAGUUGUCAUCAUUAAUCAUGAACAACGCCGUCUCCCAACCGCAGCGAAGAGGUCCUUGGUCACAGUAUGAGGAUGUGUACCUGAUGGAGCUUGUUCGCACACAUGGAGCCCUCAACUGGGUUCGUAUCGCGACAACUCUGGGAACCAGAACGCCAAAGCAGUGCCGCGAGCGUUAUCAUCAAAAUCUAAAGCCAACACUCAACCACGAACCUAUCACACCCGAGGAAGGUCAAAUGAUUGAACGACUUGUCGCGGACCUCGGAAAACGCUGGGCCGAAAUUGCACGCCGUCUCAAUGGCAGGAGCGAUAAUGCCGUCAAGAACUGGUGGAAUGGUAGCCAAAAUCGACGCAGGCGCUCGGAUCGACGACGUGCUGCGCAGGAUCACCACGAAGGCUACUAUCCUACGAACCGCCCUGGACUAUCCAUCUCUACACCAGCCAUACCCAUGCCUGGAACACAACUCUCCCCCCUAACUGGCACUGCCAUGCGCCACCCCAUGCAUUCAUGGAUUGAAGCUCCUCUCCCCUCGCCAUGCUCUUCCGAUUCUGCUGAAUCCGAAAUGGGAUCCAACUACACCACAUCACCCUCCCACCAGUCCAUACAGCUCGCUGCUCCUGUCGAAUUGCCGCCGCUGCGUCACUCACACUUGCCAACAACUGGUGAUUCCAGGCUUCCCAGCUUUGACAGACUGGCUCCUCCUCCCCAUGCCUAUUCGGACAGGGCCGAGUAUCAGCCCAGACUGCCUCCUUUUGCUCCUCAAGCGCAACUACCCACCGCGCCCAAUUCGCCCGUGCAGCAGCAAUCACAGAACCGGAAAGCACAAGACUCUCGGAUGCAUCUGUCCACCCUCAUGGAUUAAGUUGAUGUCGCAGACAUGCGGUUGAAGAGGGGCCUUGGCUACACAUGUAAAGCGAUGGUAUGUGCGGGUAACAUGUAGAUAUUGAAUGGGCGUAUCGUUACCGCCAACCUCAUCGGUCGUGAGGGAAUCUCACAGGGUCCAGGGGAUAUUGUUUUGGCAAAAGAUACCAGGCGUUUAUGGAAUGGUUUCUCGGGAUUGGAAGCGAAUGAUAUUUCUACGAAUACUAACAAAUCCGAGACUGGACAUACAGUGCCAUGAUUCAGAUCUCGAAUGAGGGUUUAGCGAUUGAAAUCAAAUAAAAUAUACUUGGGAUUAUCCAA